AUGCUGGGUUCCUGGAUUCUGGCUGUUGUUUGUGUCUGCCUCCUCUUCCUCUUCAUCAGGAUCCAGAGACCCAAGAACUUCCCUCCUGGACCACAACCUCUUCCUAUAUUCGGGAACUUGUUUCAUUUUAACAUGAAAAAUCCUCUGAAAGACUUUGAGAAGUUGGCUGAGCAGUAUGGAAACAUUUACAGUCUGUAUAUUGGGACAAAACCAGCUGUUGUUCUUCAUGGUUUAAAAGCCAUAAAAGAAGCUCUGGUGACCAAAUCUGCAGACUUUUCAGGACGCCCAGACUCCAUGAUUAGGGAUAUAACUGAAGAUAAAGGAGUCAUAACGGCUGAUUAUGGUCUUCAAUGGAAGGAGCAUCGGCGCUUUGCUCUCAUGACCUUAAGGAACUUUGGCUUGGGGAAACAGUCUAUGGAGAAGAGGAUUCUUGGAGAAAUUGAACACGUUGUUGCAAAAUUGGACAAGCAUGCUGGAAGCUCCAUGUAUCCUCAGACUCUGUUCCAUGAUGCAGCAUCAAAUAUCAUCUACCUGGUUUUGUUUGGUACUCGCUAUGACUAUGGCGAUGAAACCCUUAAAGUCUACGUUCGGCUAUUUACUGAAAACGUAAAGCUGGCUAAUGGACCUUGGGCAAUGCUCUAUGAUGCACUUCCUGUGGUGAGGUCCUUGCCCCUUCCCUUUAAAAAAGCCUUUGAUAACUACAGCAGACUUAAAAGCUUGACAGCAAACAUGAUCAACAAGCACAAGACAACAAGAGUCCCAGGAAAACCAAGAGACUUUGUCGACUGCUAUUUGGAUGAGCUUGAUAAGAGAGACAGCGAAUCCACUUUCAGUGAAGAACAACUUGUGGUGUAUGUUAUGAAUCUGCAUGUGGCUGGAACUGAUACCACAUCCAACACACUACUUACAGCGAUUCUCUACCUCAUGGUUCAUCCAGACAUCCAGAAGAGAUGCCAGCAGGAGAUAGAUGAGGUUCUGGAGGGAAAAUCUGAGGUAUCAUUCGAGGACAGACACAACAUGCCGUACAUACAAGCUGUGAUUCAUGAGUGUCAACGUGUUGCCAACACUGUGCCUCUGAGUGUGUUCCACUGUACCACAAGAGAUACUGAACUGAUGAACUAUACCAUCCCAAAGAGAACUCUGAUCAUUCCCAACCUGUCCUCAGUGUUGAGUGAAGAAGGCCAGUGGAAGUUUCCUCAUGAUUUUAAUCCAUCAAACUUCCUAAAUGAACAGGGACAGUUUGAGAAGCCUGAGGCCUUCUUACCUUUUUCGUCUGGGCCUCGUGUAUGUCUCGGUGAAAGUCUGGCUCGCAUGGAGCUCUUCCUCUUCUUGGUUACUCUGCUGCGCCGCUUUCAGUUCAUUUGGCCUGAAGAUGCAAGAGAACCAGAUUUCACUCCUGUGUUUGGGCUAACAACAACACCCAAACCGUACAGGAUGGAAGUCAGGCUGAGAGAACCAGCUAGAGAAAUGUAGACCCAGUAUAUAUCUGUAUACUGAAAAUAUCUUUAUGACUAUUGAAGAAAUGAGCCUGUCCUCAUGGGCAUGUGACAGUUGUUCUAGGGUUAAUGCUACGUUAUAAUUAACAUGGUGAUUGGCUGUUUCACAUUUAAUUACUUUCUUCCUCAUGGCCUUGUAUCUAAAAUUGUGUCUUAUUUUUUUCUGUGAUUCUGUGAAAAAAAAGGAUGUAAAAAAAAGGGAUGUAAGAGGUUUAAUCAAGUCAAAUUCCAGCUAUUUAACCCAUGUUAAAUUAAACUGCCAGUAG